ACAUCUCCCAAGUCUCCAGCAAACACCAUGGCCCAGACUGUUCUCUUCGUGCUCUCCAUGCUGGUGGUGCUGGCCGCCGCCCUGCCCUCCCCCAGGCCGGAGCCAAGGCCGGACGCUGACCCAGGCUAUUUGGGUGGUGGCUACGGCGGAGGCUUCGGCGGUCUUGGCGGUUUUGGCGGCGGCGGUUUUGGCGGCGGCGGCUUUGGCGGCGGCGGCUUUGGCGGCGGCGGCUACGGCGGCUACGGCGGCGGCCUUGGUGGUCUCGGCGGCUUCGGUGGCGGCGGCAUUGGUGGUAUCGGCGGCAUUGGUGGUCUCGGCGGCUUUGGAGGAGGAUAUGGUGGUUAUGGAGGCUAUGGCGGCUAUGGCGGCUACGGCGGCGGCGGCCACAUCAUCAAGAAAUAUGGAUAUGGGAGUUACUAUGGUUAACUACAGCAGUCUCGCCGGGAAGUAGACGCCAGCGCUUUCAGUAGCCAUAACAUUAUACUUAUGUUAUACUUAGGUGGAAUGUGAAAGAUUGUUCUCCAUAAUAAAGUAAAAAGAUUC